AUGCUGAAAUCAAAUAAACUAACUUCUGAGUCAGCUUUAACUACUAACAGACCCACUAGUCGCAUAGAUUCGUCUUAUUUAAACAGAGGAACUUCUCAGCACACUUAAAGACAAAGUACAAAUAAAAAAUAUUGGAUUCAAAUCAAUAAAGCUCAUGAGGAAAUUAUUGACACUUAACCCUACAUUGCGAUUGAAAAGUUUAGAAAAACAAAUUCAUGUCACAUCAGAGUUAGUUUAACAUUAAUUUUACUUAGCCAUCCCUAAAUAGGAAGACAAGUUCCGACAUAAAAAAUUAAUUAGAUUUAAAUGAGAUUAAACAAUAUAUUCAAGAAGUUGAUAACAACUAUGAGGAUGAACCAUUUUGUAAAAAGGAUAAUCCAAAAUAAAUACAAUAAUAUUAAAAUGAGAAGAGACUCAACCAUUUAAAUUUAAUAUUUACAUAAUUCAGAGAAGAAAUAAAAAGUAGAAAUAUAUCAAAUGACAUAGAAUCUUAAAAUUAAUAAAAAUUCAACAAUAAAAUUAAGAUAAGAGCAAAACAGAUUGCAAUUAUUAAGUACUUUAUUCAAUAAUCUUAGAUAAAAGUCAGACAACCAAAUAGGCUUUAAACUAUCCAGACUCAAACAAUAGAAUAUAUAACCAUAGCUGAUUUACAGCAACCACCUUAAAUCCUUUAGAGCCUCUUCAGAUUAUAUUUUGAAUUAAAUGCCACUAUUACCUACUUAAUAGAUAUCAAAAUUGACUGAAAAAUUAGGGAAUUUAGACAAUUAUAAUUUAGCUAGUGAAAGAGUUGGUAAGCCUAAAGAGUAUUGUGGGAGACCCUAAACAUCUAUGAAAAGGAUUCUUAGAAGGAAUAAAAAGUUUCCUGAUGAAUAAGAUAAUCAGUUAUUCAUGGAUGAAUCAGUUAUUAGUGAGACUGAAGCCAAAUUAAAUUCAUUAUAUGGAGAAAGCAUUUCUCUUUAAAAGAAUUUAAUUUAAAGUCAAAAAAGCAAUCCUAUUAAAGCAAUUUAAGCAAUAAAGAAGAUGGAUCAAAUUAAGUCCAUUAUCAAUAAUGUUAACGCAAAUAAAUUAAUGAAUAAGUUUAUAAUAUGA